AUGAUGGUUGACAAGGAUUACGGUAUAACGCUCAAGUCAUACGCUAAUGUAUUCCGUAACAUGGGAAUAGAUAAUAUUUGUGAUGGCGAUAGUGAUGAUCUAUUAUGUGAUUGUGUUAUCAUUACUGAUGAUAAUGAUCGAUAUCGAUUAAAUAGCCGAUUUGUUGAACAUCGUUGUCCUUAUCUCAUUCCAUUUAUGCUUUUCAAUGAAACUACCCAACAAUAUACCAUACAUACAUCAGUUUCAAUUGAUAUUAUAAAAGAAAUAUUUUACGCUUUGAAAUAUGAAAAUAUUAAUGUAAAAGACUGGCUUCAAUUGGAGCAAAUUCUUAAAGUGGCGAAUGAUUGGGAAUUAGACAGCAUAAAACGAUGUGUUGUGCAAAAUUUUGUUGAUGGUAUCAAUGAAGAAAAUUGUAUUGGUGUUUGGCGAAUGUGUGCCAAAUAUUUACCUGAACAAAUAAAAAAAACUUUUGAAUAUGUGUUGUAUAUUGUAAAUUCAUCUGUAAACAACGGUUACAACCUUGAUUAUUUUCGUCUUAAAUGUAAUGAUUUAUUUGAAAUUUUGAAUGCUGAUUUAUUGAAAGUAAACGAUGAGAUGGAUGUUUGGAUUCUUCUUAAACUAUGGAUUUUGAUAGAUCGUAAAAAACGUAUGCCAUAUUGUCGUCAACUAUUGAAGUGCAUUCGUUAUAGUUUGUUAAAUGAUGAACAGAAGAAUGAAAUUAAAAAAGAUCUUACACAUUUUAAAAUAAACAUUAUCGAUGAUCAAAAAAACAUGAUUUGGUCAAUGAAUACGGAAACGAGAAUUCCACGUGAUUUAUUAUUAGCAAUUGGAGGCUGGGAGAAAAGAGGGCCAACAAAUGUCGCAGAAGUAUUAAAUAUAAAUACUAAUAAAUGGCAACGUGCAAAGACACUUGAGGAUAAACGUCAUAUAGCUUAUCAUGAAUGUAUCGUUAUCAAUAAUAAAUUAUAUGUUAUUGGUGGUUUUGAAGGAACACAAUAUUUUAAUAGCACACGUUGUUAUGAUAGUGAAACAAAAGAAUGGUCUGAAUUAGCUCCAAUGAAUUAUGCAAGAUGUUAUAUAUCAGCAUGUGAAAUUAAUGGUACAAUUAUUGUUGCCGGUGGUUCAGAUGGUAGAUCGAGACUUCGAACUGCUGAAAUGUAUGAUAUCAACAGAAAUCAAUGGACAAAAAUUCGAAAUAUGACACAACGACGAUCAGAUGCAGCAGCAUGUGCUAUGGGUGGUAAAAUGUACGUAGCUGGUGGUUAUACCGGUGAAACGGUAUUACAAACGGUUGAAAUGUAUACACCAGAAACGGAUAUUUGGACUGAAGUUGCACAUAUGAGCUCACCAAGAUCCGGCCUGGCAUGUGCAGCAAGUACAGAUUUUAUACUAAUCGCUGGUGGAUACGAUGGUACAAAUCGAUUAAGCAGUGCAGAAAUCCUACGAAAUGGAAGUGCCCAUACUGUAAACGUUGAAUCAAUGCCAAUGCCAAGAUCAAAUUUUGCAAUGUGCAGAAUGGGAAAUUAUUUUUAUGCUAUUGGUGGUUAUAAUAGAACGGUGACUAAAACAGUGGUACGUUUUGAUGGUAAAAAAUGGGAACGAAUUUGUGAUUUAUCAGUUUCACGUAGCGCUUUACGUGUUGUACUACUGAAAGCUUGGCCUGAUCCAACUGAAUUGCUUUGCAAUACGAAUACAAAUUCAGAAACUACGCAAAAUUGGACGUGUGAAAUAGAAUCUUCAGAAUCUCAAGAAACGAGUAGUUUUCAAAUAACAGAUAUAAGUGAUAAUUCAAAUUAA